ACGAACAAAAUGUAAAAAAAACAAAAAUGUCAGAACUCAUUUGCCAAAAUGUGCGCGCCAACAACGAAUUACGCAAAUGCUAGGUCCGAUAAGUAAACUCCAGCCGCUAGACAGACACCUACACCGUGUAGGAAAUACAAUUAAAUUAACAAUAGUUCGUGCCGCCGCCGACGCCGCCGCUGUUCCAACACGUACCGUACCAACGCCAGAGAGGCGGAAAAAGUCACCAAGAAAGGCGUCUAGGCGUACUGCUCCUCGUGCAGUUGGAAAAUCGAUCCUGAGGCUACCCAGCCAUUUGUUGUUCCCUCCUCUCCCCCAUAAACAUUAGUUCAAUUUCGUUUUUUUUCUUGUGACGGACGGGCAGCGCAAAAAAUCGCAUGAACAUCAUCCGACUCGGGCGGUAACCGGGGUGGUGUGUGUGGUGCGAGAAAAGAAAGACGCGAAAGAAACAACAAAAAAACGCAAAGAAAAAAAUCAAUUAGCAAGGCACACAAAAAUAAAAAUAUAUAUUCCAUAUAAAAAUCGCAAAUUAUUUAUGAAUUGGCUGUUGUUGUUGCUAAAACAAAAGGAAAAAGACCAGCAUUGAAAAGAUUUCUAAUUCGAAAAUAAACCAAACAAAUCGGCACCGCUAGCAACAAGAGCAAGAGAGAGAGAGAGAGAGCGUUGCAGCGGAAGAAGAGCAGGCAGGCGCCAAAACGGUAGCAGCAGCAGCACCACCGCCACAGAGUGGUAACAAGAGAGAGAUAGAGAAGCAGUCAGCAACGUCUUGACCGCGUCAUCGAUACAUCUUCAAUUGUUUACACGAUUCGUUGUCGCUGCCGCCGCUGUUGGUGCGUGUGUAUAAUUUUUGCGGCAAAAAAGACACACCCUGAGAGGAAACGGGACCAACUGCUCCCGCCCUUGGGUGUGUGUGUCCCGUCCCAGGGUGCGUGCUUAUCGCUACAACAACAACGAUAACACGAACCAAAUAUUGACCGCUCCUUUAGCCGCCAGCCGCCAACCGCCAACCGCCUACCGCCCUCCCUCCCGGCUAGCAGAAGCAUGCAAUGUCGUCUGGCCACGUAUCGGCGCUGAGAACGAGAGGAUCCAUUAGAUCCACUAGUUGAUAGCUGAGAACUGAGCGACAAAGAGCGAGAGCGAGAGCGAGCUCCUGCAACUCCAGAACUUAUCAGCAAACAACAAGCCGCGCAACGCAACGCGAACGCAGGGCCUGGGUUAACUUCCGCUCGGAGGCAAACAGAAAUAAAAAUAAAAACAAAGGAAUUACUAAUAUAUAUUCUCUGAUUCAUCAAGCAUAUAGUCAUCAGUCGUCAUCAAACGAACGAACGAUCGAACGAACGAACGAACAAAAAACAGAGAUAAAGAUAGAAAGACAGAGAGAAAGAGAGAGAGAGAGAGAGAGAGAGAGAGAGAGAGACUCUGGAAUAAAGAGAAGUACCACGAUACACCCCCGUCCGGUGCAAGCACAAGUCUACUUAAAGGAGAAGGAAGCACAAAACACUUACUUAAAGAACAGAACAAACACGCUGACAAGCAAUAAAGAGAAGAGCCACAGCCCACUUUACAUCCUCCAACAGGUCCAUCGAAAGGAGCGAGAAGCCUGCUGGCGAGUGAAGCCAACGAGAGGAGAUAGCUAGAGGAUCCCAAGACACAUCCAAUACAAUCUACAACUUAUCUACCCAUCUAUAAUCUAUAACCCGCAAUACUUAGACUCCCCUUCAGAAUGAACUCCACCACAAAACAUCUGCUGCACUGCACACUGCUCUUCACUGUGAUAUUAACCUUCGAAGUAUUCUCGGGCGGCAUCAAGAUCGACGAGAACUCAUUUACGCUGGUCGAUCCGUGGUCCGCGUAUGGAGAUGUGGCCACCGUUUUGCUGUACUUACUCCGCUUCCUGACCCUCCUUACGCUGCCCCAGGUGCUGUUUAAUUUCUGCGGCCUGGUCUUCUACAAUGCCUUCCCCGAGAAGGUUGUCCUCAAGGGCAGUCCCCUGCUGGCCCCCUUCAUCUGCAUCCGUGUGGUGACGCGCGGCGAUUUUCCCGAUCUGGUCAAAACGAACGUCCUGCGGAACAUGAACACCUGUCUGGACACCGGCCUGGAGAACUUCCUCAUCGAGGUGGUCACCGACAAGGCCGUACACUUGGCCCAGCAUCGACGAAUCCGAGAGAUUGUGGUGCCCAAGGAGUAUAAAACACGCACGGGGGCCCUCUUCAAGUCGCGGGCCCUGCAGCACUGCCUGGAGGAUUCGGUGAAUGUGCUGAACGACAACGAUUGGAUCGUCCAUCUCGAUGAGGAGACACUGCUCACGGAGAACUCGGUGCGCGGCAUUAUCAACUUCGUGCUGGAUGGUAAGCAUCCAUUCGGCCAGGGCCUGAUCACCUAUGCCAAUGAGAAUGUUGUCAAUUGGCUGACAACGCUGGCGGACAGCUUUCGGGUGUCCGAUGACAUGGGCAAGUUACGGCUGCAGUUUAAGCUCUUCCACAAGCCCCUCUUCAGCUGGAAGGGCAGCUAUGUGGUCACCCAGGUCGGUGCCGAGCGAUCCGUCUCCUUUGACAACGGCAUCGAUGGCUCGGUGGCCGAGGACUGUUUCUUUGCCAUGCGCGCCUUCAGCCAGGGCUAUACGUUCAACUUCAUUGAGGGCGAAAUGUACGAGAAGUCGCCGUUCACGCUGCUUGAUUUCCUGCAGCAACGCAAGCGCUGGCUCCAGGGCAUCCUGCUGGUGGUCCACUCCAAGAUGAUACCCUUCCGGCACAAGCUGCUGCUGGGCAUCAGUGUUUACUCGUGGGUCACCAUGCCGCUCUCCACAUCGAACAUUAUCUUUGCCGGCCUCUAUCCGAUACCCUGUCCCAAUCUGGUGGACUUUGUGUGCGCCUUCAUUGCGGCCAUUAACAUCUAUAUGUAUGUGUUUGGGGUGAUCAAAUCCUUUUCGCUGUAUCGCUUCGGACUGUUUCGGUUUCUGGCCUGUGUGCUAGGCGCCGUCUGUACGAUUCCCGUCAAUGUCGUUAUCGAGAAUGUGGCCGUCAUUUGGGGAUUGGUGGGCAAGAAGCACAAGUUCUAUGUCGUUCAGAAGGAUGUCCGUGCGCUGGAGACGGUUUAAGGGGCCGUGGCAAACCAAAUGAAACAAAGAUAUCGCACAAUGGCCAGGAUAUAUGCAUGCACACAUACACACUAUCUGAAUUCUGAUUUGUUUUUAAUUUCUAGGCCUAAGACUCAUACACACACACACACACACAAGCAUACACACACACACACACGAACCUAUGUAUAUGCAUAUAUAUAUAUAUAUUGAUUGUUGUUUCGUUAUAAAUCCAAUCACACCAUUCCUCAUUCAUCCCAACGCAUCGCAUCGCAUCGCAUCGCAUACGCAUCGCAAGAAAUCUACAAAAAAAAAAGGUGGGGCGCACGAACCACUACAAGAACAAAAUGUUGGACGCAAGGAUACAUUGCCUACAUGCAAGAUCUAUAAUAUGCACCACGCACUCAAGCAACAGCCAGCCCUAAAAAAAGGAAAACCGAGAAAAAACAAAUACCCCACUCCUCCAUUAAGUGUAAUUUCCGUACGUUCUUUACUCUUUGGAUUCUGUUUUUCUUUCUUUUUUUUUUUUGAUAGUCCGUAGUGAAGAAAAAAGCGCUAUAUUUAUAUAUACUAUAUAGUAAAUAUCAUAUGUACUAUAUUACGUAGCAUUAUUAUUAUUAUUAUUAUUAUUAUUACUAUCAUUAUUAUUAUUUAAAAUGUGUACAUUAAUGUAUUGUAAAUUGAAGAAAACAAGAAUUGGGGCAGACAGCUGUUAAAUGUCCGAUUCACACACCAAAAACCAAUGGAAAUGGAAAAUGGAUAAAAUGAAGAAACUGAAGAAACAGAGCACAAUA